AUGGAUCCAAAUGAAUCAAAGCCACACCACUACUUAGCUAAUCAAACUAUUCCAUCUCAACUCCUCUCCACAAUUUCUCAUACUCAGAUUUUCCCCAUGUCACAAUUCAAUGACUUGUCACCAUACACCUACACUGGUUUUGAUAAAACUGCCGCAGCGGAGCAAAGCCUUAACCAUGAAAGAAGGCUCAAGAGACUGACUUCCAACAGGGAAUCUGCACGAAGGUCGCGAAUGCGUAAGAAGAAGCAGAUUCAAGAGCUCCAGCAUGAGGUGGAGCAGCUCUAUGUUGCAAAUAAUCAGCUAUCUGGGAAGCUUAUCCAAAUGUUAGAGGUAAACCAGCAGAUUCUUCAGGGGAAUGCUCAGCUAAAAGAGAGAGUUUCUUCCCUUCAAGUCACCUUUGCUGAUCUCAUUGAUGUAACCUUUUAA